ACAUAUGAGAAAAGCUAGAGACGACCUUUAUUGAUACCAUUGUCGUAGACGUAGGGUAUCUCGACCACACGUGGAGAUUACAAGACUAUAACAAACACGUAUGUUUUAGUUUUUACCCAUACAAAUGAGCAGGCAAGCGAGGAGACAACUGAACAUCCAACGAAAAAGCCCUGGGAUCGGUCAGUCCAAUACUCUUAAUUCGUCAUAUCAAUCGGUUUGCUCGUCGCCCUCAAGAAAUCAAAUCCAUGCAACAGCAUAACAACCUUCAAGUGCAUAACUUGCAUGGCAAAAAUCAGCUCCAGGACACAUCCUCCUCCCACUACCAAAGGGUAUCAGCUCGAAGUCUUGUCCCCUCAUAUCAACAUCCUUGUGAGUCGUGAGGAACCGGUCCAGUCGAAACUCGUUUGGGUCCAACCAGACCCUCGGAUCGCGCUGGAUCUUCGACACGUUGACGAUGAGCCGGGUGCCCUUGCCAACGACCCGACUGGCGAUGGUGCAGGGAUGGUGCAGGGAUGAUUUUAGUAUCUUUCUUCCUGUCUAUUUACCCAAUUAUAAAACAUAGUAAAAAGGUAUAUAUGUGUGUAUUAUGAUGUAAUUAACAAAGAAAACCCUUCCUUCUCUUUCUAUUCAUAUAUUUUAUAAUGAGGACCGCAAAUGAGGUGAAAUGUUCAUGAGUGUCUUACGCUUGGCUUGAACAAAUCUCAUUUGAAACUAGCUACUAGUUUAUUAACUAGUCAAGUUUGAUCUAAACCUUUUUCAACUCGAGAGGCUCGCGACCCAACUUGACUUAGUGGCUUGUUGAGUUGAACUCGUAUUGAGUUCAUGAGAGGUUCAACCGUUGUGGCUAGCGUGCAAUUUAACUACCGGCUUAUGAGCUAAUUGACUCACUCUUACUGUCACUCUAGAAAAUGGCCAAGUGAAACCACUUCCUAAAGAGUAGUAUAGCAGGUUUGGGUUUUAAUGUCAACCCGGGUCCUAGAUGUGAUGACUACUCAGUGAAUUCUAAUUAUCUAGCGGUAAAACUUAAGUGCAAGUUCAAACAAACAAAAACACAAAGCAAGUUAAGCGGUUGUUUCAAGUCGAGAGAGGUCACCCGGAUAUGGUUCCCCCUAGACUGUAGUUAAGCCGGAUUGCAAUUACCAAGUUCAGUUUCUAUGAUAGUUAUACUGCGGAAGGUUCUUAAACAGUCUGAAGUCUCGACUAAAGGUCUCCAGACCCUCUCAAUCUGAGUCCCCAGCGGGCUACUAACCUCCACCGGAGUAAGCAGAUUGAGGCCCUAACGAACCAAACCUCCACUACCGAAGCAAAUUCAGUACAAAAUAGUGAACUGGCUCCUCGACUAAAGUCACCAAUUCACUACCUUCAAUUUAGGGUGCUCUAUUAACCUAGGCAGAUAUUCUCAUUCUAGGCUAAAGCAGAAAUAACAGGAAUUUGAUCAGGAUUCAAGUCAUUCAAUCAUUCAAGCCUCAAUUGAAUAUAAUCAAAUCAUAGAAUCUGUACUUGGGUUCAUACAAUCAAACCUAACAUACAAAUCUAAGGUUCUCCAUACCCAGAUGAAUGGGAGAACUACUCCAUGGAGAAAGAAGCAAAAGCAGAUUCAGAUGCGGAAACCAUAUUGUGAAGGAUGGAUUUCUGCUCCUGGUUGUCGAUCAACACUUCUCCAAGCUCAAGCCGGGCUCCAAUGGUGAUGAAGAUCAAGCAAUGGCACUUGGGAACUCUUGUUCGUCGCUUUCACUCUCUAGGAAUCGCUUUGUCUCUCUAAAACUCGGAACCCUUGAUUUUCAACCUUAUCUUCCUUUAAAAACUUGACUGUCGCGAUACCCGAUCGAAAUACCCGGUCGGGUAUUUUGGGUCUCGACCGGGUAUAAUUGAAACGCGCGUUUAAGAGAAGAGAAAAAUCCCCGGUCUUUUCUAAGAAUCCCCGACCGGGGAUUUAUGCUUCACGACCGGGACCCCUUCUGUUUCUCAUACGCCAAAAACGAUAAAUACCCGGUCGGGUAUUUGAGCCCAUGACUGGGUAUUUUCCUCCUGCACCACACUUCGACCCAACUUCGCUCAUUUCGACCCGAAACUCGUUUCCUCGCCUCGAUUCCAACGCCGGACCCUGAAAUAUGACAUAAACGCCAAUGCAAACCGUUUGCUUGUCCCCAAGCAAACCUAACUCAAACCAAUGCAACUUCGCUCCUUUCGACACCUUCUGUUUCUCAGACGCCAAAAACGAUAAAUAUCUGGUCGGGUAUUUGAGCCCAUGACCGGGUAUUUUCCUCCUACAGCACACUUUGACCCAACUUCGCUCCUUUUGACUCAAAACUCGUUUCCUCGCCUCGAUUCCAACGCCGGGCCCUGAAAUAUGACAUAAACGCACAACCUCGCGUGAAAUCGGCUUAAAACACGAGAAUCAACCUCUCAAACGGCUCAAGAAUAGGGGUAAAAACAGGUGUAAUUAUUGGUCUAUCACUAAUCGAUCUGUAUCUUAUAAGUUGCUUUGUUGACAAUUCAUAAGUUUGUUAUAGUAUGAAAAUGAAAUACGAUCAUGAUUAAAGAUUAACUAUUAUUUCUCAUCAUAUCAUACAUGACAUAUAAUUAUUAGAGUAGUUAAUCUAUAAAUUAUUUUUAAGUUCGGUUUAAGGAUUCAAGUAUUAAGAAUAAAUGAAUUAAGUUCGAACUCAACUCACGACCUUAUUGAUGAGUCAAGCUCGACAAGAGCUCAUGCGAUCAUUGACAAGUCGUGCUUUAGUUGAGUUUGAUACAUAUACAUGAGCCAAACUUUUAGUAAACGAUCCGAGUUCAAACUCGAUUCAACUAGACUCCGCUCGAUAAUAUAUGCUCCGAGCUCGAACUCGACUCGUUUCUUGACAAGCUAAGUUCGAAAUAGACAAAACUCGAUUGGAUUCAUCUAAUUUGCAUCCUUAUUUCAUCCAAAAUGCCCACUUAAGCUACUACUAUUUAGCAUCUCCCAUACUUCGACCAAGAUUUCUAUGAGCUACAAGUGUUGUCACCUUCCUCACCUAGACCAAUAAUUGGAUUUGAAAUAUUUAUUUCUAUUGCUUGAUUGUAUUUUCCACUUAUAAUAGUGAUGUAUAGUUCGACUUUGUUACGGUGACAUGCAUGUCACUGUGACAUGGACCUUUCGGUCGACCUAAUCAUAAAGGCGGUCGACCGAAUUGACUAAUUCAGUUAUGUGAGAUUCGGCCUAUGAGGUAUUUGGGUCGACCGUCUACAUAAAAUGGUUGACCUCUUUGGUGGUAUAACAGAAUGAAAGGUCGACCCAAAUACCUCAUAGGCCGACCCUUGUGCACCUAUCAGGUCAACCGCAUUCGUAAGAGGUCGACCUCAUGCACACCGUAUCUGUAUUGGAUAAGGAUUCCAACACUAGAAAGGUUCCACAAUUGGACAAGAAAACGAAUUGGGUCGAACCAUUCACGUCCUAAAUCUCUAAAAAUACGAAUAUAAGUCCCCUUCAACGCCACCAAAAGUCUGAAUUAUGUUUUUCCCGAUUUAGAGCCUUUGUGAAGAAGAUCGUUCGCGGUUGUUGUUGUACGUGUUGAAAGUGGUCGACCACGUCGAAGGUGAGGUAAACCUACUGUAGCAUUUGGUCGACCUUGAUCUCAACUAGGUUGACCUGAUGAGAUAUUUCUUCGGAAUUGGAUUUAGGGCACAACACUUGGACUUCCGUAUUUGCGAGGUAAAGAAGAUCAACCCAAUAGGUCGACCUAUUGUGUUUUAAGGUCGACCGUUUCUGUUUGUUUUGGUUGUUCAACUUGAAUGUCGACUUUGGCUUUGUUUGUAAGACUAUGUUGUGCUUCAAAAGGUCGGCCUCUCAAGCUAUCUGGUCUACCUAUCCAUUUUUCGGUUUCAUAUUGCACUUGCUUUUGUUGGUUAAUUGUUAUUUUCCUGCUGGAUAGGUCGACCUAGGAAGAUCAGAUGUCGACCUUAAAGGUUGUGGUGGUCACAAUUUGUCUUUCAGGUCGACCUAAUAAUUUGUCAGGUCGACCACGUCUCUGUUUUUUUGUCAAUUGUAGAAAUUUGAAGUUGAAUUAUGAUUUGAAUUUUUCUUUAAAUUGUUUAGAAGAUGAUGCAUUAUGAGAGACUGCAUCAAGAUUUGGGUGAAAUCAUGAAAGUGUUGAAAGCCACACAAGAGCAGCUGGUGGUGUGUCAAAAACAAGUCAAUGACUUUCAGAAGUCCAUUCGUGAUAAAGUGGAGCAGUUGUCAGUUCGAUUGACAGAUAUGACUGGGAUGAUGCAUGAUGGGUUUGAGAGGAUAGAAGGUGCUAUCAAAGAUAUAAGUGCAGAAUGAAUGCAGAAUGGAGGAAGAGAUGGUACAUGAAAGAGCACAAUUGCUACCAGAGCAUAGACGAUUUAUUGAAAGAGCACAAUUUAAAGGUAGACAAGUAUAUUCAUAUGUGAUUGAAGAUAUUAGUAUUACUAUCAUUAGUGCCAAUUUGUUUUGUUUAUAUGUUUGACAGAGUGAAACAAUGAAUGGCAGCAAGGGUUCCUCUCCUAAGUACAAGAGACCUCGAUAUGAAAAUGACUCCUACACCACUCCACAGAAAGAUCAUUUUGUAAGAAAAGGAUUAUUUAGUGUUGAUAGCGACGAAGAUGAAUCUAUGAGUCCUUUCGAAAAGCACGGAGUAAGUUUACGUUACAUAUUCAUCUAUAAUGUGUGUUUGUGUUCAUAUGUUACUACAAUUUUAACUAUGAUUUGUAGGUCAUAAAAGUGGAGGACCUAGAAGGAUUCACCAAAAAUCUUCAAAAUCCAGUUGAAGACUUGUAUUAUGUUGUUACUAAAGAGAAGGCAGGGGGACGUGAAUUGGGACAAGUAAGAAGCGUUUUUUUAGUACAUGUGGUCGACCGUUUAGUUCAUGAGGUCGACCGUUUAUCCAAUAAGGUCGACCUUGACUUUGAACAGGUCGACCUUGACUUUGAACAGGUCGAUCUGUACGUUGCAAAUCACAAUCGACAUUUCUGUUAUUUUGAUUUUUUGCAGUUUGACCGUUGUUGACUUUUUUCUGAAAACGUGCAACAAAAUUAUUUGAGUUCGGUCAUUAGCGAGAUUAGCUGGGUUUGCUCAUCCAUAAGUACUAUACUACUACGAAUUUCGUAUGAAUUGUGCACUAUUUAUGUUGGAUGGUAGGUGGUGGAUUUGUGUGCAAGGGCACUAACAAUGUUUGAAAAACAUGAUUUGAAAGAGCCAAAUGUGUGGUAUUUUCCAAAUAUGUUUUCGAUAAGAGCCGUAAUGUUAAAUUAUUUUUAAUAACCUAGUUAUUUAUAUUGUACCAUAUCAAUUCAUCUCAAUUAAAACAUGGUGCAGAAAAUGGUACGCGCUAACAUGAAGACCAGACAAAUUCGUAACAAGUUGAUGAAUGAUGGCUUGGUAUAUAUGUCGAAUGUCAGUGCAUGCCAGAAGGUUAUUCAAUGUCUCUAUCUCAUUAAAUUUCGAAAGUGCAUUUGUUUGUAUUCGCUUUUUUUAACAUAUAGUGAGUUUUUCGUUGCUAGAUAUUUAUGCUAGUUCUUGACGAUGAAGCAUGUCAUUGGUUUCUGUAUCUCGUCAAUGUCCAGCAAAAAACUGCAUUUUUGCUUGACAAUCUACCUUCAACUAGUGAGGCGAAUCGUAAGCGUAAAUCAGCACUAUGCAAGAAAUUGGUAAGUGUUUCCUAUAAUUUUUUGACUACUAAGCGUCACGUAUUAUGCUAGAAGCAUAAAAUAUUCGUUAUUUGUGUGUAGUUGUCCAAUUUGGAUGAUAUUUUCAAACCAGAGUGCAUGAGCAAUGUCGCAGUACCAAAUUUUGGAGAUUUCAAAUUUGAAGAGCUACCCGUUCAAGGGCAAAGGAAUAGUACUGAGUGUGGUGUGCAUGUCAUGCAGUGGAUGCGUUAUGGAUCCAAGGAUCUGGAUAGCGUUGUGAGUAUAUAGUCAAACAAAUAACUUGUUUAAUUUUUACUUUUUUUUUUAGUUCUAACGAGGUCUUGCAUGUCAUAAUGCAGAUAGGAGAAGAACACAAAUUACCAGCUCGAAAAGAGAUUCUAUGGUAUCUGGCUACACAUUUUGAAAACAGUGCACGGAAAAAUCUUUUCAAGCAUGUAGUAGAUGAAUGCAGGGUAGGAGGCAAAGAGAGAAAGAGUUCAAACAAAAAAGCAAAGAAAUGAAGUCAUUAAGUUACAAUGUUUCAUUAUUUAGACAAUACAUUGAAUUUGUAUUUUCGAGGUUGUUUCAUUUUGGAUUUUGAAUGUUUAUCGUUUAUUAGAUUUGUUAUACAAUUAUGGAUGUGAAGGAAUUUACUGUUUCAAUCAUCUAGAACAAGUGGUCGACCACAUACUCAAAGGGGUCAAACCCGUAGGCACAGCAUAGGUAAACUUCGUGACUCUUAAGGUCGACCUAUGAUACCGUAGCAAAGUCCAAAACAAUGUGGAAAAGGAUGGAGUCCUGUUUGUUUCGCCUUAAUAAAAAAACGGUCGACCAUUCGUGUAAAGAGGUCUACCUGUUUCACAUUUAUCAAGAACGGUCGACCAUUUGUGUAAAGAGGUCGACCGAAAUGAGUCGGAUUAGCUUUUUACUUAAUUACUUCUCCUUGUCCAACUAGGAUUUUGUGUACUUGUCCUUGUCGAAUUAUGAUUUUAUAUAUCCUUAGCCAAUUGGGAUAAGUGUUACCCAUACUAGUGAGGAUAAGGAAUUCGUCUACAUUCUCUAUAAAUAGAUGGAAGUCUUAAGACUUUAUUCGCACUUCGAUUUAUUCAAUUUGUUCGAGUGAAGUUGUAAUCUCACCGCUCUUAUUGUGAUCGUGUGUUGGUGGCGGUUUAUUCUUAUUCCGGUAGACCGUAACAAUAAGUGGUCGACCGUGUUUGCUAAGGUAUGUGUCGUGUGUGCUGGUUAAAUGUUGUAUGUGGUUCACUUUUUCCCUAAUAAGGUCGACCACCUCAACCUUUCGGUCGACCGUAUCUGUGUAAUUGUAUGAUAAGGUCGACCAUACAGUGAAUUCUGGUCGACCUCAUCUGUGUAAUUUGAUGAUAAGGUCGACCGUUCAGUUCAUUCAAGUUGACCUGAUGAGAGCUAAUUUUGUAUGUAUUUGACAUUCAAUUCGUAUUCCGAUCGUUGCAUGAUGGAUAAUAGAGAUGAUACAGAUGAUAGAGAUGCUGACGAGGUUAACUUUGAUGAGGAACCUAAGGAUGCUCGAGGAGGAUCUAUGGAUAAUCCAGAUGAUACGAAUGAUGAAGUGGUUGGGGAUGAUAAGGAAACCGAGUCUGCUGAAGAAGAAUUUAUGGAUGAUGAUGAAGCUACUGAAUAUGAACAACAAAUUCGUUCCAUGGAGUUUCAAACAUUAGAAGAUGCAGAGAAAUAUUAUGAUGCUUAUGCUAAAGCGAAAGGGUUUAGCGUUACGUAGAGAUCUUCGGAGGAGUCGUCGAGGAGUAGCAAUUGGGAGGACAAUGGUAUGUUUGAGAGAGGGGACUAGAGAGAAGAUGCAUAUAGAUAAAUAAGGUCGGACAUGACAACAUCGUAAGAUGACAAGACAUUCUUGCAAGGCAAAGUAUACUGUACGCUUUGAUCAGAAUAAGAAAAUGUGGGUUGUUUCUAAUUUUGAGAGGAAGCACUCACAUCGUUGCUGCAAUGAAGAAGAAACUCAAUUCCUUCGGUUUCAUCGAAACUAACUGAGGUCGACUUGUGACGGCAAAAAUACGAGUUUUGCAAUUCUCCUAUGAAUUAUUUGUGUGAAACUAACUAAGGACGACCUGUUGUAAUUUUGAGGUCGACCUAAUCUGUUUCGCACUCAACAUUUUAAGCAUUUGGGUCGACUCAUUCUCGUUUUAAAUUAACUAAGGUCGACCGUUUCUGAUUAUGAGGUCGACCUAUGGUGUUUUGCACUCUAAUUUUGUCCAUCUUCGAACCAUAUUUGUGCUUUAUUUUCUGUGUUCGACAAUUGGUGUGUAUUAGGUCGACCUAGGAUGUUUUAGUGGUCGACCUAACAUUGUUAUGUUUUAUCUAUACGUGCAGUUUAGGUCGACCGCUUUAUGUAGUGGUCGAUCGAGUUUUGUUCAUUUCGAAAAUGUGACUAACAUGUAUUCUCGCUAGUUUGAUCGCAAGAUGUUUGGCAACAAAAAGAAAAAAAAGUCACAAAAAGCUGCUGCUUCAAGUUCGGAAUGGGAAGAGUUCAUCCCACUCUGUUCCAGACCAAGGAGCAAAGUGACAACUUUGAAGAGAGGAGAAUGCACAACCGCAGGGUGGCUCCUGGAAGGCCAUUGACGACGGAUGCGUAUUCUCAUUUCGAGAAUUACGAUUUUCUAGGACCCUUUGUCGAGCAAGAGCGGCUGAAGGUGAUAUCUCUGAAUGUACCAUACUACCCAAAAAUGGUACAGUACUUCUACAACAACAUCGUCUACCAGCGUAAUGCAAAUGGAUCCAUUCAUGCAUUUAAAACCUAAGUGAAUGAGGUGGAGAUGCGCAUUAGCAAGAAUGUGUUGGCACAAAUACUAGAGGCUCCAAACGAGGGGAAGAUAAUCAAUUCUUACACUGCUUGGAAUGAAACUCAUUUCUCGAGAACCAAUCAAAUCCAGAUGGUAUGUGGUCUUGAUGAAGUGGAAGAUGCUUAGGGUCGCAGUAGGCCAACGAGUAACCACCUGACAGUUCAAGCCAGAGUUCUUCACCACAUGCUUUCCUACAACAUUCUGCCAAAGGGUGGACAUCGGGAGACAGUCACCUACUUCGACAUGGAGCUCCUCACCAACCUACUGUUGGACGAGAAGGUGAACUUGCCAUACUUGAUCUUUAACCACAUGCUUACUGCUACAGAGAGUUCACACAUGAAUCUUCCCUAUGGGAUGAUCCUGACUUUGCUAUUUGAGCAUUUUCAUGUGGAUUUAAGUGGUGAGGUGGGGUUAAGAAUCUCAAGGCAGGAGUUAUAUACAGUUUCAUCUCAGAAAAAGAUGGGCUUUGAGCUGCGUAACGGUGAGUAUGUCCGAAUAAACAAUGCUCAUGGUGCCCAUGGUGGUGAUGAUGAGGAGGAGGAGGAUGAUGAUGAUGGUGAUGGUGAUGAAGGAGCCGGAGACGAGCCAAUGCCGCAGGCACAAAGUUCAACUCCACCGGUCACCUUAGAGCGUGUGUGGGAGCGUAUGGAUGGCAUGUACGAGUACAUUGGCCAGAUGUCCAGCCAGAUGACUGGCAUGUACGACUACAUGGGGCAAAUGACCGCCCAAAUGAAAACAAUGCAGGUGACCGUGAAUGAGAUGUGAGAUGAGUGGCGAUCUUUCAGUGGAAGAUACAUGCAUUCCACAUCCGACCACCAUCAUGCUAGCAACACCAAUGAAGAAAAUGUGGAUGAGGGAGAGAGGGGACAUGAGUAGGAACUCGAAGAUUUUAGAUUGUGUUUUGCUAUUGUUAAGUGGUCAAAACGAUUGUUGAUUGUUAUUCUGUUGUUUUAGUUUUUUUUUGUGUGAACAAUUAUGAUUUUUGUUUUAUUGUAUUUCUUGUUAGUUUGUUUAGUUGUUAUGUUAUGAAGUGACGAGUCCUUGUUAUCAUUAUUUAUGACUAGUUAUGAUGGUUUGAAACAUAAUUUGUACAAGUAAAAGAACCACACAAAUCGACAUUCAUAAGAAAAAAAGACACGGGGCAUAGGUUGACUUUCUUGUAUUCGGUCGACCUCGUACCGGAUUAGGUCGACCUCGAAACCAACAUUUGAUCUUCAUUUUACGUCAAAUGAUUGGACAAAUUGAUAGAACACUUAUCUUCUAUCUGGUCGACCUCUUUUUUUAUCUGGUCGACCAUGUUGUUAAUGACUGCCAUCAAGUGGUCGACCUAUAUACCUUUACGGUCGACCAUGUUGUUUCUGACGCCAACGAAAUGGCAGACCGAGGUUUUAUUGUGGUCGACCAAAAAUAACAACUUAAACUAAGAACGGUCGACCAGAUGGUCUUUGAGGUCGACCGCGAUACUUUCUCGUGAUGGUCAAAUUAGUCGAUUCGGUCGACCUCCUUCAGGAUUAGGUCGACCGAAAAAUGCAUGUUACGGUCAGAUGCAAUAUUUAAUGUCAAAUAGCACUAAAAUGGCAUUAAUAAGUAACAUGUGUUUAAUGGAUAAUGCAUCCAAAAACUUUGAUAAUGAUAGCAACUAAUGAUUGUUAAGUACCUUAUUAGAUAUUAUUAAUAUCUUAUUUUCAAACAUUGAUAAUGCUUAUACACACGCCUAUUAAUAAUGACACCAACUACGUUACUAACUUAGACUGAAAGAUUAAUAACCAUAGUUAUAUCAUUAAACGUGAAUUCACUUUUGAUAAUGUCAUAAACAAACGAAUAUCUAACAAGUAUGCUUCUUGAUAAUGACAUUUGACAAAGUUACAAACAUAAACGAAAAAAUAUUAAUAAUUCAAACCAUUAAACAUAAGCAAUCUUAGAAAUGAAUUAAAUUUUUGCUAAUGGUUGUAUUGUGCUUGGAAAAAAAUAUUGAUAAUAGCACUUCAAAUGAUUAUAAAUCAUUGAGAACCAAAUUGAUAAUACUAUGUAAUAGUAAAUAAACUUCAAGUAGAAACAAAUUGAAAACACAAUUUCACUUUUGCUAAUGUUACAAACAAAACAUAACAUAAAAAGUUAAUAAUGUCAUAUAAAAUUAUUAAAAAAUAUGUCGAACAAUAUUAAUAAUAACACAAACGAAUACCUAACAACGAAUAAUCUCAAACCCAUGCAAUGAAAAGCCCUAAUGAUGAUUCAAUUUAUAAAUAUUGAUAAUUUCAUUACAAAAUGUUAAUACUGAAUACUAAUCGGAAGUUGUCAAGAUGUGAGAGAGGCAUAUAUUUUAAAUUUCAAAUUUCCAUUUUAGAAAAAGAAAAUUAUUAAAUUCGGAUUUUAUUAAAUAUUAAAUAAAAUUAAUUUCAUAUUUCUUUUUAAUUAUAAUGUAGAGAGAGGGUUAUGGAGAAAAUCGUGGGAUGAGAGAGAAAGAGAAUCACUAAUUAAUUAUAUUAAUUUUAAUUAUAUUUGCAUAAUCCUAUUUACCCUUAACUACUUAUUAACUACUAACCCCCAUUAACUACCUAAUCCACUAUCAGCCAAUAGGAAAGCUUUAAGAUUUUCCUUAAGAAAUGAAACUUAAGGACUUGAACUCAAGCCGUUCGACGGUAUUAAUUAACGUGCUAACUGCACUAACGAAAAAACUAACAUGUUAAUCAUAUAGUCAAUAAAAAUAUGAGGUGGAAUAAACAGAAAAAUAAAAAUAAAAAGAUUAAUUUUUUUUAUUUUCCUCUCUCCCUCUCGGUUCUUCUCCCACCCAAUCUCCCCCCUCUCUUUCGUUCUUCCCAGAACUAGUUUCCUUCCCCAAAAUCACUUCCCCAUGUUCCUCCUCCCCAAUUUCCAAUCCGCAACAACCUUAACACUCACCUCCUCUCUUCCAUCCACCUUUACUACCACAUCAAAUUCAACCCUCACCACAAUCUAUUUCCAAUCCGCAACAACCACCACCAACCCCUAGAUCUGACUCACCGCCGUUCCUGCUGCAACAUCGAUGACUUCAAAUCUCUGUUCCCGAUGGCUGGCGAUUGCAACGUCGACGCUUUCAAAUCUGCUCCAAAUCCCCGCCGCCGCAAAACCCAUAAUCCCCAAACCCAUAAUCCUCGUCGCUGCUGCUACUCUGUUUCGCCGAUGCCGUCGUUCUUCUCCGUGGAGUACUCGAAACCCUACCAGUGAGGAGGAGCUCUAGUAAAAGACCUACAUAGUGCGAUUCCGCUCUCUGCCGCCACCUUGCUGGCGGAGUUACGAUGGAGAUACGCCAUUCCCCUUGCUACUCUUUGCGCCACUGUCAGCCUCGUGCACCAUCGGAAAGGGAUUUUUGUGAUUGUUUUUUCAAAUUUAUGCGAGAAGGGACACAGAGUUUGAAAUAAAUAGGGAUCCUUACCAUGAAUGAUAUUGAAGAGGUUGCCAUUCUCUGCAAAUCCUUUGAAAUGAAGUAAGCCAAAGGCGGCAACAAGUUCGAAUGCUUCUGAUCACCAAUGGAGAGUGGAUCCGAGUCUCGUGACGAACCACGACGUAAUUGAAGUGGUACGUCGACGCCUUCAAAUCUGCUCAAAUUUCUCGCCGCAAUCAAACCCAUAAUCCCCAAAUCCCGGCCGCCGUCACCUCUAUGCACACCACUUUCUCAUCCUCACCAGUCACCACCAGCGAAGGAGAAUCGAGCGCCAGUAGAUCCCCGCCAGCCGCUCGACAACAGGAACCUCAUCGCUAGGACGAGAUCAGUUCAUCGCUGGUGCCCAUAAAUCAGUUCUUCUAGCCAGAGGUUGAAGAUGAUGGUUGUGGGAGUUGGGUGAAUGAAAGGGAGAGAUAGAGAGAAAGGCUGGAGCAUAUUGGAGAAGGAGACGAAGAGGUGUGGGGGAGAGGGGUUGUUGGGAGAAGAUGAAAUCAGGGGAAAGAAUAAGAGAAUAAAAUUUAAAAAAGAAU